UCCCCGUUAGUUGUUAAAAGUCUUUAGGGUCCACUACUUGCACAAAAUACCUCGAUGCAGUGAUGCAUUCACUAUUAUUGUUGUUGUUGUCUUUCGGUGUUACAUAUUCAUAUGCUGAGCUGGAGCAAUCGCAUUUAGAAAAGUAUAAGAAUGUGCAGUACAUUGCAUUUGAAAAAGAAAAUCCUAUCCAACAACAGGACAUCAGAGACGUUGAAUGUAGUGGCAAUUUAUCUACGGUCUUUAUUGUUCAUGGAUACUUUAAGAUUUCAUUGAAAGAACCAUUAAACACGAAAGAUGACAUUUUUAAGUAUCGACAAGAUGUUAAAUGCGUAAUUAUUGUUUCCUGGUUGUAUUAUUCCAUGUAUUCUGACAAGUCUGGCUUUGAAGAUAAAUCAACCAACUAUCACAUCAUCGCCAAGACACAUGUGCGCUAUUUAGCCCAAGAUGUUACCGAAAAAAUGCAAUAUGUCCAUCGUAAUGGUGCUAAGAAAAUUGAGUUGGUUGGUCAUUCGAUCGGAGCGCAUGCCGUUGGACAGGCAGCAAGACAUUUUAAGCAGAACACCGGACAGGAAGUUGACCGAAUAAUUGCACUGGAUCCAGCAUCUACAUAUUUCAAGGACAAUCCUCAGUGGAAACUAAGACCAACUGAUGCGAAAAAUGUAACUGUCUUUCACACCAACAGCGGUGGAUAUGGCCUUGAUGAGAAAAUUGGUACUACGGACAUAUUUGUCAAUGGUGGCCAAAAGCAGCCAGAAUGCAAACGUAAGCUAACGGACAAUAUUUGUUCUCACAACCGUGGAUGGGAUGUUUUCUCGGAACAUUUAAAAAAUUCGACAGCAGAUCGAACUAAAAGCCAACGAAUUCAUAGUGACCGAUUCGUACUGUGUGUAGACGUUUCAGGGAGUAUGGACAAGCAUAACAGAUUAACACGAGCUAUCAGUUCUGGCACGAAAUUAUUUUCUGAUAUGAAAGUUGGAUCGUACAUAGGAAUCGCAGUGUUUAGCAGCGAUGCCAAAAUGUUGCAAGACAUCAUCCAGAUCACUGGUGAUAAGGACAGAGAAACUUUGAUAUCCAAAUUACCGAAAAAAACAAUUGGUGCAACUUCUAUUGGUGCCGGUCUAAAUUUAUCGAUGCAAAUGCUGCAGAGUUUACCAGAGAGCGAUCGAUUUUGUUCAACCAUUAUUCUUCUUUCCGAUGGCAAACAAAAUGUUGAGCCGGGUCCAGAACAAAUUUUACCUGCACUGCAGAAAGCGUGCAUUGGCGUUAAUUCUGUGGCUCUAGGAGCUGGCGCUUCGGCAGGUCUCGAACAUUUGAGUGCCCAAACUGGCGGAAAAGUAAUCCUCGCCAUGGAAAGUAAUGAUGCCCAGCAAAUUGUCGACACAGAGCGAGCCUUUCUGUUUUCAUACGAAAACCAAAUUGACUCUGACAUUCGUCCCAUUUAUUUACCGACCAGACAGGUGACACUGGGUGAUGGUGAAAGUGUGAUCAAAUUUAUAAUUGACAAAAACGUCGGCAAGGACACUGAGUUCACUUUCACCAGUGAAGAUAGCAAACACUUUGAUGUAAAGCUAAUUACACCCAACGGAGAGACCUACACAUCGACCAGUCCUGAAUACACUGAAAAUGCCUCAAACCUGCAAAAAAUGUUCAAAAUUCCAUUGGCAGAAACUGGAAAUUGGGGUUUGGUGGUUCGAAAAAUAGCAAAGACGAGACGUUCCAUACGAUCCACAUCGAAUGCUAUUGUUACUGUCAAAAGUCAUAGAUUAGAUCACGACCAGCCACCAAUCCGUCUAGAUGCAUCAUUGUCGAAGCGAACCCUCGAAUACCCAAAAUCCAAUGCACAACAAGACGUCGACGAUGCUCGAAUUUUAAUUUAUGCGGAACUGCGACGUGGUCAAUAUCCAAUUAUCAAUGCAAAUGUGCUGGGUCAUAUCCAGGGUCUGAAUGAAGAACCAAUCACAUUUCAGUUGCGCGAUGAUGGAUCAUUCCCGGAUGAAUUGGCUAAUGACGGUGUUUAUACCGGGUCUAUCAUCAAAUUGAAGCAAAUUCAAAGGUAUUCAGUCCAUGUGUCAGCCACAAAUCCAAACGAAACAGCCAGAUUGGUUAUGAGAGAAAUUGACUACUUUGAACGAGAAUUGAUUGAUUGUGACCGGAUUACGUGCGAAACGGUAGGCCAAUUUGAGCGAGAAGACUAUGUCGGUUCGGUUAAAUUGAUUUCUAAAGACAAUGAGGAUCACAUUCCACCGAAUCCGGUAACAGAUCUACGAGCUUCGGUUCUCAACGAAACGGAAAGAAUAAUCGUCUUAGAAUGGACUUCUCCGGGUGAUGACGCUUUCGAUGUGCAGGUGAAAGGAUACGAUAUCCGGGCAAUCAGCGGCAAAUACUUUGAAAAUGCUUUCAUCUUCAAUGACAGUCACGUUGUUGAAGCAUCGCAUUUUGAUCGAAAAGAGAAAUAUUUACUGCGCGUACCUCAGCCGAUGUGGAAAUAUGACAAGAAAUUCGAUGAGCCGGGAUUUUUCUUGGAAAUUACGUUUGCAGUAAAGGCAAUUGGUGCCAACGGUGAAAUGGCUCCAAGUUCAAAUCUGGCAUCGGUUGUACUAAAAGAUAAACCGGUUGUACUAAUCAACGCACAUAAGCUGUGCAAAACGGUACGUAGAACUAUUGCUCGUGUUGGUGUCGUCACGGUUACACGCUGUUGACGCUGGAUAAAUGGAAGAAAGUAAAAUGACAAAAUUGUGUUGAAAUUAGUUUUAUUUUCGUAUCUUGGUCCCAACGGAUGUAUCGAGGGAUUUCAUUUGUUUGUGGAUGCUUUCUAUGGUAUAAACGAGUAGCUAAUGUUGUAGAUGCAUGGCGACCAAAAUUCCGAUACACUCCUCACAUUGAACAAAUUAAAAUAUGUCGAAGCUACCGUCGCUAAUACUCCGAAAAUAAUUACAGCAACUGAAAGGACAUAGUCGCUGUACAAUAAAUAGAACAAUUUACAAA